AAUGGAUCAAAAUGAAAAAGAGAUAGAUGAAGAACAAUUUAAAAAAGAAUUUGAAGAGAAAGUAGAAAAAAGAAAAAUAUGGUUGAUGGAAGAAUUAAAAAGUUGUGGAAAAUUUUUAGAUGUAAGUGCAAAGAAAUUAGAUGAUCUCGAUGCUUUGACUGUAUUUUUUUAUUUUGAAUUAGAUUGCUCUCUAUCUUCAUGAAUGUCAAACCGAAUUGACUUUAUUUCAUAUAGCAGCCAACUCUAUUACAGAUCGUGGAUUUAUUGAUAUGUUAACAGGAUUAUAAUGGCAUGAUAAAUUAAAAGAAAUUUAUAUUGGAAAUAACUAAAUUAGUGAAGUAAAAAAGUAUAUAUAAUUAAAGAUUGGUGUAUAAGGAUUCGUUGAAAUNGAUAUUAAUAUGA